AUGAGUAUUUGCCUUUCAUCCUGGGUGGGCAAGCUAUGGCCAAGUAUGGUUUACGAAUUGGAUCUGGGACUGCUUACGCCAACGUCUACAACACAUCGAUAGACCCCAGCAUCAGGAACGCCUUCGCUACUGCGGCUUUCAGGAUGGGACACUCCAUGAUCCACAGCAACUUCUCCAGCUUCAGCUCUUCACAUAAAUUUCUCGGGAAGGACAGACUAAGCGAGAUCUUCGGUGACACGAAUCUCAUUCUGAACGUCAACGACAGGAAGGUGGAUCAUUACUGUAGAGGACUGGUUAAGGACAGUGUCCAGACUGUAGAUCACAAACUGACACAGGAGGUGACGGACAGGUUGUUUGUUGACAGUAACAACAACAGUCUUGACCUGGCAGCUCUCAACAUCCAGAGAGGAAGAGACCACGGGCUCCCGUCUUACACCAAGUGGAGGAGGUACUGUAACGUUCCAACAGCGACAUCCUUCUCCGGCCUCGCCUCCACCACUCACACAACAACUGCGGCAAACCUUCUGAAGAAAGUGUACAAUCACGUCGACGACAUCGACCUGUUCCCUGGGGCUCUGUCGGAGACACCUGUUGCAGGGGGACUUCUGGGACCAACAUUUACCUGUCUCCUGGGGAAACAGUUCCAGGCACUGAAGAAAGGAGACCGAUUCUGGUUUGAAGGGAACAACGCCAAUGUUAAAUUCACUCCUAGGCAACUGAGGGAAAUCCGGAAAGCCAGUCUGUCGAGGGUAGUGUGUGACAAUACCGACACCUUCAGGAUCCAACAGAACGCUUUCAUCAAAGGAUCUCCGGUCUCAUGCGAAUCUCUGCCUGAAAUUAACCUCAACAAGUGGAGAACGCCGUGCACUUGGGGCAGCUGGAGUCCCUGGGGAAAAUGCCUCAACGACAUUCAGCGUAGAUCACGCACCAGCAAGAACUGCGACUGCACAAGCAGGCUUAAGUGUUCCUCAGAGUCUAUUGAAUCUGAAGAGAGUGAGUCGAAAGAGAGUAAGUCGAAAGAGAGUAAGUCGAAAGAGAGUAAGUCGAAAGAGAGUGGGUCAAAAGAAAGUGGAUCGGAAGAGAGUGGGUCGAAAGAAAGUGGAUCGGAAGAGAGUGGGUCGAAAGAGAGUAAGUCGAAAGAGAGUAAGUCGAAAGAGAGUGGGUCAAAAGAAAGUGGGUCAAAAGAGAGUGGGUUGAAAAAGUGUAAGCCGAAAGAGAGUGGGUCGAAGGAAAGUGGAUCGGAAGAGAGUGGGUCGAAAGAAAGUGGAUCGGAAGAGAGUGGGUCGAAAGAGAGUAGGUCGAACGAAAGUGGGCCGAAAGGGAGUGAGUGGAGAAAGUGUAAGUCGAAAGAGAGUGGGUCGAAAGAGAGUGGGUCGAAAGAGAGUAAGUCGAAAGAGAGUGGGUCGAAAGAGAGUGAGUAGGAAGAAGGGAGCGACAAUUGGAGAGGAAAUAGAUAAGUAAGUUUUACAUCUGCAAGUGUAUCUCGGGUUACUUGUUAGCUAUCUGUUGAGAUACGGAAAUAAUUUGUGAGUUAGAAAACACUGCUUGAUCUUCUUGCUUGUAUUCAUAGAAAUAUUAACCGUUAAUCACAACUAAAAUCAGAUCAAAUGAUACAGGAUCCAUGUCCAUAUUCGAUAACACGAACUCGAGUAUCUUCAGUUCUGCGAUGAUGUCACAGUUCCACGACAUUGUAAAUGGAAACAAUAUACAUGUUGUAGAUCUUAGGCCUCCUUAGUUUUUACUAUAUCAAUAAAAAUAUAAACUUGG